AGCAACGAAGCUGGGGCUGGGACAGUGGAGUUCUUCCCUCCUCGUUUCUGGGGACUGGACCCGCUAUUCUCGGCUAAAUUGAAGCUGAACAUUAGAGAUGUCCUAAACCUCUCGCCGUAUCCAGAGUUCCCUGGUAUAUACUGCAUUGGGAACCAUCCAGUGCUGGGUGUACAUGUGAUGGGAGAUGUUGUCUCUGUGAGGGAAAAGAGUGGCCCCGUCAUAUACGAUGUGGAUGAUGGGUCGGGGGUAGUGAGCUGUGUCCAGUGGAGGAAGACGAGGGAGAGCAGUGAGGGUAUCUACCAGCCCGGGAUCGGUCAGCUGGUGUCAGUGCUGGGUACCGUCGACCAGUUCAGGGACCAGAGACAGCUCAAAGUCACCGCCAUCAUUCCAGAGGAGGAUCCUAAUGCAGAGCCGUGUCACUGGCUGGAGGUGGAGCAUCUCUGGAGAACCGUCUACUCCACAUCAUUCACUCUUCCUCCCGGUGUCACUGAGACUGGGGACCAGAGAGAGGUGGCAGCAAAGCCAGUGAAGGAGUUGGUUGAAGAAGUACUGCUGGGUCACCUGAGCUCACGGAACUCCAUAUUUACCCUAUCCACAUUGACUGGGAGUGACGAGGUGAUGGGUGCCGUGUGGGAGGGUGUGAGGAGCGAGACUGGUGAGGGAGGGAGGGGAGAGGUGGAGAGAGAGCUGAGAGCUGUGGUGAAGAGUCUUCCUGGCAGAGGCUUGGUUGUCCCUGCAACAGAUUCAGCUACAUUUGAAUUGCUGUGUGAAAAGAAACACUUGUUUCCAGUGAUACUAGACUUUAUAAAGCACAAGCUCCACCAUCCAAGGGCAGCUACUCGUGGAGUCCCUCAAGAGUGGAUCGUGGAGCACGUCCGAGGGACACAGAGAUUGCAGCACGUGCCAGCUGCUGCAGUGAGAGCAGCCAUUGACCAUCUGGAAGAGGCCAGUCACAUCUUCUCUAUCAGCGAGGGUACCUACAAGACAGUCACCUAGCUGAGGCCGAUUAAAGUGUGUGUGUGUGUGUGUGUGUAUAACAUACACUGUUGACAGCUACUGUAGUCAGCUUAUCUCAUUUGAUGGACAGAUCAUGCAUGCCAGGUAUGUAGGUGCAAUUAUUGAUGCAUUCAGGAGCGUUUCACACAAAUAUCAUCAUCAUACUGUUGAUGUCAAAUGUCAUCAGAGAGAGUUCUGCUACACCAUCUUAUGAAAGGAACACCUAGUCAAGUUGCUGUUGGUGUUGAAGAAGUGUUUGUGACUGAGUGUGUGUUUGUUGUGGUGGUGCUGGUUAUCUGUAGAGGAUGUCGUAGUGACCAGGUCUGUACAGUAUGUGAAUGACUGGCUGUGAGCCUUCUUCGGGAAAGUCGUGGUGGUUGACCACACCCCCUUCCCCUCUGUCCAUGUACUCCACUCGUACCGGGACACCCAGAGCUGCCGUCAGGGCCGUAAUGUGCAUGUGGUCACACUCGUGGUACAUUGGCUCCACCUCCUAGAGUUAAAAUUAAACAAAACGGUGCAGG